AUAGGGAGAAGAGGAGGCCAAGCAGCCAUGGGGGAGAGCCAGGACUAGGAUAAACAAGGGAGUGACGGAGGAGGAAGGAGAACAAGGUACAUUGGCAAAGAGUGCCGCAGAAAGUGACUGGAUGAAAGCCCCCCCACCCCCAGUGAGAUGGCCUCCAACUUCAACGACAUCGUCAAGCAAGGCUACGUGCGGAUGAGGAGCCGCAAGCUGGGGAUUUACCGACGCUGCUGGUUGGUAUUCAAGAAAUCCUCCAGCAAAGGUCCCCGACGCCUGGAGAAGUACCCAGAUGAGAAGUCAGCAUACAUCAGGAGCUGCUCCAAGGUGACGGAGAUUGGCGACGUGAAGGCCGUGACCAGGAUCCCGCGGGAGACCAAGAAGCAGGCGGUGGCCAUCGUCCUUCCGGACGAUUCCACCCGCACCUUCACCUGCGACUCAGAGCUUGAAGCAGAGGACUGGUUCAAGACCCUUUCUAUCGAGUGUUUGGGAAACCGGCUCAACGACAUCAGUCUGGGGGAGCCUGACCUGCUGGCUGCGGGGCUGCAGUGUGAGCAUACGGAGCGCUUCAACGUGUUCUUAUUACCCUGUCCCAACCUGGACAUCUACGGCGAAUGCACGAUGCAGAUCACGCACGAGAACAUCUACCUGUGGGACAUCCACAACCCCCGCACCAAGCUGGUCACAUGGCCGCUCUGCUCGCUAAGGCGAUACGGCCGCGAUGCCACACGCUUCACGUUUGAGGCUGGCAGGAUGUGUGACAGCGGAGAGGGUCUGUACACCUUCCAGACUCGAGAGGGGGAGCAGAUCUACCAGCGGGUCCACUCUGCCACGCUGGCCAUCGCCGAACAGCACAAGAGAGUGCUGCUGGAGCUGGAGAAGAACAGCAGAUUGCUGCUGAAGGGUUCAGAGGCCAGCUCCUACCCAAGCACCCCCACGGCCGUCCUGCCCCGGAGUGCAUUCUGGCACCACAUCGCGGGUCCCCAGGGCAGCCUGUGCUCUAUUACUGGGGACAUGUUCAGCAGCCCACAGACAGACCCUGAUGCUGACAUUCUCCCCACUCGUUAUCCUACUGAACACCAUCACCAGCGCACCCCAGAGCACUAUUCCUCCUACCCCAGCCAGUGAGGGGUGCCGCCCACCUUUUGCUAAGGCCCCGCGGACUGCGUUGCCAUGCCAGUGAAGCGGGAGAUGUUCCUCGAUGCCCACAACAGGAGGACCAGACCGUCUGCUUCUGCUCCCUGAAGAACUACAUCCCCCAGCAUCCUUCAGUGUGCUGUGGGAGUCCCAUAGCCGGGUUGGGUGAUGUUGCGUGUGAUCCUGGGGUUUGCUUAACAGCAGUUUGGUCUGUAAUAUACCUGCAUGCUCCCCUCACCUCCUAGUGAAAAACAGCUCAGCUGUGAGUAUAUGUUUGGCCACUGGCCACUGUGAUGUUGAUGAGUUUCACUUUGGCUCUAGAAUGUAGAACUAGACUCACAACAUCAUCAUUUUUCGGAGUGACUUGGGGAGAUUAUUAUGAACUCUUCUACUCAUGCUUUGAAAAGUCCUCUAAAUCUGUCUUCUUCCUGAUGGGAAUUCAGCAGCUGAAACGAGCAGCGCUGUUGCUAAUGGCUGGGGUGCUUGUUUCAGGAAUGAAGGUAGCCAAUAGCAAGGGGACCUUCCUCCACCUUCCAAUGAGGAAGCGGAGGAGCAGUCAUGUGAGGAGCUGCCAGUCUUUUGGAUGGUUUGUAAUUGGAAGGAACGUUACUACCUUUUACCUGGUGCUGUCUGAAACAGAUCCUGGACUUCCUGUUUCCUGAUACCUUAUCCAGGUGAACGACAGCUGGCGUGAUGCUCUUAGCUAUAAGCUCUACUCCUUGGCAGGCUGGGCAUUUGGCUUGGCAUCUACACGAUCUCCCCUAGGGAGAAACAUGCUUUUAGUGGUCUGACUUUUGCAAUUUUUUUUCACCUUGGGGAAAUCAAGAAUGAUAGAAUGGAGGACUACGCCAUUUAAAAGAAGUGUAGUUUUACAUUUUUUCCAUUGUUAUUAGUGUCUAAACUAUAGAAGGGAGACAGGACUUGUGGCUGUUUGCUUUGUAUUUCUGUCAUCUUGACUGUUAAAUUUUAAGAGAAAGUCUGGUCAUAGACCAGCAGGUUCUUGACUUGGUAUUUGCACUUCUGAAGUGAAGCCACACGUAGAGGGAUCAUGUGAUAUGAAGUGUGCAUGAGAGAUGUGUGCAUUUUGGGAAAUCACUGGGGCAUCAUUUCUUAAAGCCCUGUAUAGGGAUCCCAUUUUCUUUGAGGACACAGAUGACCACACCGAUUAAAUCCUCACUUAUUUCCAGCGAAUAUCGUCAAGUGUGUAGUGCAGUUUGACAGAUGCAGUAGGCCGUAGAUGAUGGUGAUGGACGGAUCUGUCCUGUUUAGUGUCAGCUCAUGUCAGCUUGAAUUCAGCCGUUGAACACUACAAAGGACUCUUUCCUGAAGGAUUGCUGCGUCACCCUGCAUAAAGGACUGUCACUGCACCAGGACUUACGUAAAUACUGGAGGAGUUGCAAAGACCAAAUGAUGUGUUGGGCUGCUUUAAUAAACGACUUUAGCUAA